AUGGUAGGCGACAAGAGAGAGUAUGUCACUAAAACUGAACUUUUUCAAGAGUUAAAAGAGAUAAAAAAUGACAUUAAAGAAGUAAAAGAAGCUGUUAUUACACCAAACCAAAACAAAAAAGAGAUUAAAAUAACUGACCUAGAAGUUCAGGAAAAUAAAUUAGUUGCUCGAUUAAGUGAUGGUCGAGAGUCAAGUUGGAAAAUUGAGAGUUAUCAUUUUUACUUUCGAGUUGGCGAACCUCUAAAAGAGAAUGAGCCUGCUCACAUUCAUGUUCGUGGAGCCAAACAUGGCAAAAUCCAGUUUUGGCUAGAAAGAACCGGACAGGUGGACGACUAUCCUUAUGGAGGAGGGGCAGGCAUGGUCUUAAAAAUUGAACCAUUAGUAAAGGCUUUGGCUACUAUUCAGGAGGAUUACCCUAAUAGUUAUUUGAUUUUGCUUUCUCCACAAGGCAAAACCUUUACUCAAAAAGAGCAGAUUUCAAUUGGCGACUUUAUUACUAUGGGCGGGGAAAUCCCAGCUUUGGCUCUCACCGAUUCACUCAUUCGGGCCAUUCCGGGUGCUAUUCAACCGGAAUCUUAUCAGCAAGAAACCACUAAUUCUCGGUUAGAUUUUGCCACUUAUACUCGUCCCGAAAAUUUUGAAGGGUUGGAAGUUCCGCCGAUUUUGCUAUCUGGCCACCAUCAAAAAAUUAAAGAAUGA